CGCUAUUCACUGUUUCGUGAACACCGGGAACGCGUGGGUCAAACAUGGCCGGCUCUGUGUCGCUCCUCCUUGGAGCCGUCUUUCUGCUCGCCCUGGCAAUGCAGCAAACGGGAGCUGCAAAGCCACGUGUCUUCGACUUGCCGAAAAAAAUCCAAGAGUUUGUGAACCAAAAGUCUAAGGAACACAACAUGCCGGUCAACUGGUGGAACAUGCACGGCAACCACAGUCAUCUUAUCGAGUUCGCCGCAAAGUACAGAAAGUACAAGGUGAGCACCACAGUGGGCUCCUUGAAGUACGGCAACAUGAGCAAGUCGUCCGUCCUGCCCAAAGUGGUGCACACGGAAUGGUCCCACAACGCAAUGCCGACGGAACCGCUCAUCGUCACCGUGAAGCGGACCAAGAAGCUGACGCACCAGUACUCGUGGCAGACGCAAGACUCGUUCAGUGUGGGUACCUCGCUCUCCAUCAAGGUGGGCCUGCCUGGCGUGGCGGACGUCACCAGCACGUUCAGCACAAGCGUGAGCCUCACUAAGACUGCUGGGCAAGUUCACACCGAGUCGGAGGAGUACACUAUCGAACAGGACGUCAUUGUUCCGCCAAUGAAGUCGGCGAAAAUUGAGUGGGUCGUCACCGACGUCACCCAGGAAAUUCCAUGGACCGCCCAGAUUGACAUAGAAGGCUGGUUCGCUGUCUGGUUCCAGGGAAAGGUCAAUGACCACUACCUUUGGUUCUACGACGUCAAGGACCUCGACGAUCCACUUCUGGAACAAACCGAAAAGGGAGUGCGCUACACCGCCAGGGGCAUUUUCAACGGCGUCCACGGAACCGAAGCCCACCUUCGCGUCAGCCAGUACGACCUCGGGGCUUAUGGUGGGAAACCGACCAAAGUUUACACUAUUCCUCUGUCCUCACCGCGCCUGCGAGCAGGUAAUUAUAUCACACUGUAAAUACCAUGACAAUGCGAAUAAAGACGGUUUAAACUUCCGA